AUGUUAAAGUUAUCAGUGACAUCUUUAACACAGCGAGAAGGAAAAUCAGGAAUUUACAUUAUAUUUUUUAUUUAUUUUUAUUUAUUAUUUCACUCAUCAUAUCUAUUAUUAUUAUUAUUAUUAUUAUUAUUAUUAUUAUUAUUAUUAUUAUUAUUAUUAUUAUUAUUAUUAUUAUUAUUAUUAUUAUUAUUAUUAUUAUUAUUAUUAUUAUUAUUAUUAUUAUUAUUAUUAUUAUUAUUAUUAUUAUUACUGUUAUUAUUAUAUUACCAGGUAAGCAUCAAAAAGGAUUAUUCUGGCACUUUAUUAAUGAAUUUGGUUUCCAAUGAAGUCGUUGCAUAG